AUUAAAGCCCAUGGAAACAUGUACACUGUAGGUCUUCUUCUUCUUCUAGUAAUCUUUAACGGUCCAUGCAGCCUAAAGAUUUCAUGAAGCGGUGCGAGGAAAUCAAUGCAUGCGUGAGUAGUCCCUGGAAGUUCUCUGGACUGCGUGAAUUUUACAUACCUGGAAGGCUUUUCCAUUCUGGGAUAGAGCGUUGGACAAAAUAAUGCAAGCUCUUCUAUGUUGCUUCUAUCUUGGUGCAUCUGGAGGACCAUGUCAUAGUGUAUAGUUCUCCUUGGUUUAUGCCGUCUUCGUGAAUUUGAAGCACCGUUGCAGAGAUCUAGUUAUCCUCCAUUCGAUGGGUUCUAGGAAGAAGACUAUCUCCGCCAUCAUCGGUUUGGUUAUCUUCUUAACAAUUCUCCAUCUCCUUUUCGUAACUUAUGAUCAUCCAUUAGUUUGGUUCGAGUUACAUCUUGGUUCACCGGAGAGGAGACAUGAUCAGACGACCAAUGAAGCCAAGAAUUGGUCACAAGUUCAACAAAUUCAGAUGGCAAGAAGAGAGCGUUUGAGACAAGGAUGUGCUGCCGUGGGAUACAAGCAACGCUUCGUCAUUCAGAACCUAGACCGUAGCACUCUGAAGAAGUUCUCUCGAAUCCAUGUAAUUCCUGAACUCAAAGCAAUCUAUUGCCCCAUCCCCAAGGUGGCUUCGACGUCUUGGAGACGAUUGCUCCUGAGAGCGACGAAGAACGAUGCAUCUGAACCAGUCGUUCACAGUAAGCGCGUAUUUCCCAAGCUGUCAUCGUUCCCAUUGCAGGAUGCGCGGAGAAUCUUAAAGACGUACACAACGUUCUUUUUCGUUCGCAAUCCAUACUCCAGAGUCCUCUCUGCGUACAAGAAUAAACUGCUCAGUGAGGAUAUUAAAGUACGGGAAGAGCUUGAGAGAUGGUACAAGCAGCACGAUCCUCAAGAGGUGAAAAACAUGAAUUCUUCGGAUCACUUCACAUUUAAACAAUUUGUCAAGCACUAUAUAGAAUCAGAUGCCAAAAAUCCGCAUUGGGAAGACAUGAUGGAACUUUGUUAUCCUUGCGAGAUCGACUACGAUUUCAUUGGCCACCUCGAGACGCUCAAAGACGACUCGGAUUACCUGAUAGACCUACUGAACAUACCAGAUGGAGUGAUUUUUCCAAAUGAAGUGAAACCACAAACUAACAGCUCUCAGGGAGAUACUCUUCAGAUGUUCUACUCACAAUUAGCCAACGGACAAUACAGAGAUCUUUCUUUCAGUCAGGGGCUUGCCAGGGAUGCCCUCCUAUUCGGUUAUGACACCCCCGAGAGUAUCAAACGUGUCUAAGCCAAUUCUUUACCGAUCCAUCUUUAAAGAUAAGACCAGUAGUCAUGCGAUUGCAUUGUGAAAGAAACGGUGUGGAAUCGAUCAGAAAAG